CGGGUUCAGCACCGCGGUCAGCGCCCGCCGGCGGAAACCAGACCGAGACGUGAUCUGCACGUGAGAGGAGAUCGUUCUGGAGAUUUUCUCUGUGUGGCAUGACUGUGACCAACCUGAAGAGAAUUGUUUGACUUAAACACUGCGGAAACAUGAUGAUCUCACGAUAUAAACCGAGUCCCACUUCCGCCAUGUCUUUGGCGUUUGCGGGAACGAGAAUAACUCGGUGGCCUACAACGUGGACAAAGGAGUUCUUAACAAUGGCUGUUUUCUGAUGCACUCAAUCUGGUGCCGCAUGUUUUCCUGCUCUUCAUCACUUUCCCAUCCUCUUCAUUGGCUGGGGAAGCCAGAGUUCAAAGGUCCACAUUCACCACAGCACCUGGCUGCACUUUCCUGGUCACAACCUGCGCUGGCUCCUCACCUUCGUCCUGCUCUUCAUCCUCGUCUGUGAGGUUGCAGAGGGUAUCGUCUCUGAUGGGUUCAGUCAGUCCCUCCAUCUGCACCUGUACAUGCCUGCAGGCCUCGCCUUCCUGGCUGCUAUCACCUCUAUAAUCUACUACCACAACAUCGAGACCUCUAACUUCCCCAAACUUCUUUUAGCCCUGCUGAUCUACUGGGUGUUGGCCUUCAUCAUGAAGACCAUCAAGUUUGCCAAGUACACAGAGCAUGGUAUCGGUCCCAGGCAGCUACGGUACUGCAUCACUGGAUUGUUGGUUGUGCUCUACGGGCUUCUACUAACUGUGGAAAUCAAUGUCAUCGUGGGCAGGCGUUAUAUGUGUUUCUCCAACCCAAAAGAGGUGAAACCCCCCGAAGACCUGCAGGACCUGGGUGUUCGUUUCUUGCAACCGUUCGUCAACCUUUUGUCCAAGGCCACAUAUUGGUGGAUGAACACCUUCAUCACCACCGCUCACAGACGACCCAUUGACCUCAAGGUCAUUGGCAAACUGCCCAUCGCCAUGCGAGCCCUCACCAACUACAUCAAGCUGCGCAAAGCCUUUGAAGAUGAGAAGAGGCCACAGGGUGCAGCACCCCAUGGUGCAAAGUGGAUCUGGCAGGCUUUGAGGAAUGCGUUUGGCAGACCACUUAUCCUUAGCAUUACAUUCCGCUUCCUGGCUGACCUACUGGGCUUUGCCGGUCCUCUCUGCAUCUCUGGCAUCGUCCAUCACAUCAGCAAGGACAACCGCACUAUUCAGCAACCGACGAAGCUGCUCGGGAUCUAUUUCAUUUCCUCCAAAGAGUUCCUGGAGAAUGCAUAUGUGCUGGCUGUGCUGCUCUUCUUUGCCCUGCUCCUGCAGAGAACCUUCCUCCAGGCCUCUUACUACGUGGCCAUCGAAACAGGCAUCAACCUGCGCGGGGCCAUACAGACAAAAAUCUACAACAAAAUCAUGCGUCUGUGCACCUCCAACAUGUCUAUGGGAGAGCUGACUGUUGCUCAGAUCUGCAACCUGGUUGCCAUAGAUACCAACCAGCUCAUGUGGUUCUUCUUCUUGUGUCCUAACCUGUGGGCGAUGCCAGUGCAGAUUAUUAUAGGAGUGAUCCUUCUCUACUACCUCUUGGGAAUCAGUGCUUUGAUUGGAGCGACCGUUAUCGCUGUGUUAGCUCCUGUCCAGUAUUUUGUGGCCACCAAGCUGUCUCAAACACAGAAGAGCACACUGGAGUAUUCCAGUGAACGUUUGAAGAAGACCAACGAGUUGCUGCGGGGCAUUAAGCUGCUGAAGUUGUACGCCUGGGAGCACAUCUUCUGUGACAGCGUGGAGGAGACCAGAGGCAAAGAGCUCACCAGCUUACAAGCUUUCGCCCUUUACACAUCGAUAUCCAUUUUCAUGAAUGCAGCUAUUCCCAUUGCAGCUGUAUUAACGACGUUUGUGGUUCAUGUCCACAUCUCUGAAGAUGCUGACCUGUCCCCAGCUGUGGCCUUUGCCUCCUUGUCUCUCUUUCACAUCCUUGUCACCCCCCUCUUCUUGCUUUCCAGUGUGGUGCGCUCCACUGUCAAGGCUCUUGUUAGUGUUCAGAAGCUGAGUGAAUUUUUUGCCAGCGAUGAGAUUGGAGACGAGCAGCAGGAACCGAAAGCAACAUUACCUCCUGGAUCCAGCAAUCACAACCAAAAUAAAUACCAGGCUGUGCCCCUGAAGGUGGUGAACAGGAAGCAUCCGCAGAGGGACGGCUGGAAUAAGUACAGUUCACAGGAUGACCAUGAGGGGGAUGGAGCUUCCGAGGAUGUCGACCAAGAAAUCUGUAUUAAGAUAACUAGCGGUUAUUUCACCUGGACUGAUGGACCACCGACACUUUCUAAUGUUGACAUCAGGAUUCCUUUUGGUAAGCUGACCAUGAUUGUGGGACAGGUGGGUUGUGGAAAAUCUUCUCUGUUGCUUGCAGCACUGGGUGAGAUGCAGAGGGUAUCAGGAACAGUCACCUGGAACAGCCUGCCAAACCUCGGGUCUGAGGGAGAUGAAACUCCCACAGACAGAGAUGCAGCGUGUGAUGGAGAUAUCAGGAAGAGAGGUGCAGUGGCCUUUGCUUCCCAGAAGCCCUGGCUGUUGAACGCCAGCGUGGUAGAAAAUAUUACGUUUGAGAUGCCCAUGAUCAAACCAAGAUACAAAGCCGUGAUCGAGGCCUGCUCUCUUCAGCCUGACAUUGACAUCCUUCCACAGGGAGACCAAACGGAGAUCGGGGAGCGGGGCAUCAUCCUGUCAGGUGGACAGAAGCAGAGAAUCGGAGUGGCCCGAGCCUUGUACCAGCAGACCAACGUGGUGUUUCUGGACGACCCAUUCUCUGCCUUGGACAUCCACCUGAGUGACCACCUGAUGCAAGACGGCAUUCUGAAGUUCCUGAGAGAGGAGAAGAGGACAGUGGUGCUGGUUACACACAAACUUCAGUACUUACUACAUGCAGACUGGAUCAUUGCAAUGAAAGAUGGCACAAUCCAAACUGAAGGGACUCUGAAGGACAUCCAGAACUCAGAGUCAGAGCUGUUUGAACAAUGGAAGAUCCUGAUGCACAGAGAGGACCAAAAGUUCGAGAAGGAGACUGUGGCUGAGAGUAUGACAGAUCUAGAAAGGAAAAAUCUGCGGCGAGCCUUGUAUUCCAGAGAGGCCGCCAGGACUGAAGAGGACGAGGAAGAGGAAUCUGUAGAGAGUGAUGAGGAUGACAACUUGUCGCAGGUAAUGCGUCAGCGUGCCACCAUCCCGUGGCGCUCCUGUGGCACCUACCUGUCCUCCGCCGGCUGCCUCCUGCUCACUUUGCUCCUCUCAAAACUCCUCAAACACUUCCUAAUGGUUGCUAUUGACUACUGGCUGGCCCAUUGGACAUCUCACGUCAUUGCAGCCAAGAUAGACGCCAUGGCUCAGAACUGUACCAUUGUACAGGACUGUGGCUUCAGUCACUCGUGGUAUUUGUUGGUGUUCAGCGUGCUGUGCUGCCUCGGCAUCAUCGUGUGUCUGGCCACCUCAGUGGCUGUGGAGUGGACCGGCCUCAAAGUGGCCAAGGAGCUUCACCACAAUCUACUCAACAAGAUCAUACUGGCUCCCAUGAGGCUCUUUGAGACGACGCCGCUCGGCAGCAUCCUCAAUAGGUUUUCCACAGACACCAACACAAUUGACCAGCACAUUCCGACCACGCUGGAGUGCCUCACCCGCUCCACCCUGUUGUGCGUGUCUGCGUUGGGCGUCAUUUCAUACGUGACCCCUGUUUUCCUCAUCGCCCUCUUGCCUCUGGCCGUCGCAUGCUACUUCAUCCAGAAAUACUUCAGGGUGGCCUCCAGGGACCUGCAGCAGUUGGAGGACAGCACCCGGCUCCCUUUGCUCUCUCACUUCUCUGAAACAGUGGAAGGUCUCACCACAAUACGAGCCCUCAGGUAUGAGCCCAGGUUCAGACAGAGGUUACUGCAGUUCACUGAUGCCAACAAUAUCGCCUCCCUGUUCCUCACAGCAGCCAAUCGUUGGCUGGAGGUCCGCAUGGAGUACAUCGGAGCCUGUGUGGUGCUGGUGGCGGCUGUAGCCUCCAUCACAAACUGUCUCUAUAACCAGCUGUCGACCGGUCUGGUGGGACUCGGCCUGACGUACGCGCUCAUGGUGUCCAACUACAUGAACUGGAUGGUGCGCAACUUGGCAGACAUGGAAGUACAGCUCGGCUCGGUCAAGAGGAUUAAUGGCCUUUUGAAAACUGAACCCGAGAAUUACGAGGGACUGCUCACUGUGUCUCAGGUCCCUGAUGGCUGGCCCCGGCAGGGAGAGAUUAAAAUCCAAAAUCUGAGUGUCCGUUAUGACGCCACACUGAAGCCUGUGCUGAAAAAUGUCAAUGCACACAUCAGUCCUGGACAGAAGGUGGGGAUCUGUGGCAGGACGGGCAGUGGCAAGUCCUCAUUCUCCUUAGCCUUCUUCCGCAUGGUGGACAUGUUUGAAGGAAGGAUUGUGAUUGAUGACAUCGACAUCGCCCAACUCCCUUUGCAGACUCUUAGGUCACGGUUGUCCAUCAUUCUACAAGACCCCAUCUUGUUCAGCGGGACUAUCCGGUUUAACUUGGACCCAGAGAUGAAGGCUACAGACAACAUGCUGUGGGAAGCACUGGAGAUUGCUCAGCUGAAGCCUGUUGUCAAAUCCCUUCCAGGAGGUCUGGAUGCCACAGUGACGGAGGGAGGAGAGAACUUCAGUCAGGGUCAGAGACAACUGUUCUGUCUGGCCAGAGCCUUCGUCAGGAAGAGCAGCAUCCUCAUCAUGGACGAAGCCACGGCAUCCAUCGACAUGGCAACGGAGAGCAUCCUGCAGAAAGUGGUGAUGACUGCUUUUGCUGACAGAACAGUUGUGACUAUAGCGCAUCGCGUCCACACCAUCCUGAAUGCCGACCUGGUGAUUGUGAUGAAGCGAGGCGUCAUCCUGGAGUACGACCGGCCCCGGGCCCUGCUCAACGAAGAGGACAGCGUCUUCGCCUCCUUUGUGCGAGCCGACCAGUAGCACAAAGAAAAUCAAGUGUCAAAGGAAGACAUUCAAAGUGCAAUUGUCCCAUGGAAUACAUUUGACUUUUUUAUUUUUUAAUCAUGUUGUAUUAUAUUUGUACAUAAAUAAAAUGUUAAAUCUUUAAUAAAAUAAUUUAUCACUUAAGUUUG